AUGACAACACCGAGUUGGCUUCCAUUGGCUGCCAUCAUUGCUGCUGUGCUUGUUGUCCUCGCACUUAUUGUCAGCCUUGUGCUCAAGCAAAAGUCAUCGCGAAACACCAUCUUAUUACUGGGCAUUCCAGAUGCAGGGAAGACAGCAAUAUAUACACGGCUACGGUUUGACAAGUUUGUGUCUACAGUGGCAUCCAUGAAGGAAAACGAAGGCACCAUGACAGUGGAUAAUAAGACGGUUGAUUUGGUGGAUGUCCCAGGUCAUGAACGCGUACGAUUGCGAUAUACCGAUUUCCUUCCAGUGACACGCGGCAUUGUGUUUGUGUUGGAUAGCACCAAGGUCGCUCGGCAGGUCCGGGAAGUGGCUGAAUAUCUCUAUGAUAUCUUGGCUGAUCGUAAAGUACAACAACAAUCGACUCGCGUUCUCGUUGCUUGCAAUAAGGCCGACAUGAUCAUUGCACUGCCCAAGGAAAAGAUCAUCCAACGCUUGGAAUCUGAAAUUAACCAAUUACGAAGCACACGUACAGCUGCUGUGGAGAAACAAGCUUCGGAUGAUCAGGAUGAGCACGAUGUCUACCUAGGUUACGAAGGCGAGGAUUUUCACUUUGAUCAACUCGACAACGACGUCCAAUUUGAAAUGUGCUCUGCAGAAAAGAAUGAAUUAGAACCUAUCAUUGAUUGGAUCCUUGCAUGA